AUGUCACAGGCAAAACCAGAAACAACCCAUGACCAUAAAACCCGCGAAACAAUGCCUGAACGUAAUACAAUUGUUACGCCAGAAGACCUUCGUACAACGAUGCCCCAGGUUUACGAAUUCGAACGACAAUCCCCUGCAGUUAGACCCCAAUUCGACCCUAAUAAAGACCACCUUGACCCUUCGUAA